AGAUACGAUCCUGAAAACUCGUUGACAAAGCUUCUGUACAGCGUCAUAUAACAGAUGCGCGUGUGUGAUGUGAAGAACUGAUUGGGAAUGGUCAAAGUGAUCGCAAAGCAAAUGACGGCCAUAGUGAAGAUAUCCCAUAAGAUACAAUGUAGAUAUACAAAAAUAAUGCGCAUGUGUGCGCGCGCGCCAGAAACGAACGAAAAGCGAGGCACGUGUGACCGGUAAUGAGAGUGUACGAGUUAAAGUAAACGGUUUGAUUGGUCGACGAAAACGUGUGUCCCUACGACUGUUUCGUGAUUUCGCCGUAACUGUGAGCGCGGUGUGCGCAGUGCGCUCCCCACCGCGUGCGCGCAGUGUGUAACCCCCGCGACCGCCAUCUUUGUCAAGUGGGUAACCUUUGUUGAUUUGUGUGAAAUGUGACGCCGUUGUUGCGAGAUAAUUAGUGAUCGUGAUUGAAUAUCCUGUGUACGAGUAUCUAGUGAUCUAUGUGGAUUUCACUGUGGAUUUAUACAUGGAAUUACUAGGAUCAGGAUCAGCAUAAGAAAUAUAAUGUGACCUUGGAAUGGAGAUGUAAAGCAACUCGUACGAAAUCCUGCAUGCUAAAGGCGCAGAAUGUGAGUGUCAUAAGCUCUGCUCGUAAAAAUUAACUCGUAGACAGUCGAGCAUUGUUCAUCGGGUGUGUAUAACCUGGCCUGGUACGUGAUUGUCGUCGCCGGUGUCGCCGCCGCCGCUUUCGUCGGCAGACGGCCGACGGAGACGAGAAAUGGACGAACCCGAGUCCGCUGACACGUGGUCGGCCUGGUUCCUGGACGCGAUCCGAAAAAUACGCAGCCAGAAACAGAGGCCGAGUGUCGAGCGGAUAUGUCACGCGAUUCGACAACACCAUAAUUAUCACGAGGAGGAAAUCGCUGAACACCUGGAAGUUGCUGUAAAACGUGGCGAUGUGCUCAAGAUCUUUAAUAAAGGACAAUCCUCGUACAAAGAUCCUGGUGGAUUGCAGUCGAAACCGCUCAAGGUUGGCAAGGCCUCCGAUCUUAGUAAAGUACUGGGUAAGGCUGUUAGAGAAUUGGGAGAAAGGGAGGGAUCAACCCUGAAGAACAUCGAAAAAUAUAUCAGACAAAGUCAUACAGUUGAGGAAGAAGCGGAAGGUGAUUUGAGAACAGCGCUUAGACUAUCUGCUAAAAGAGCAGUCGAUCGAGGACUUGUGAUUCAGGAUGGUAGACUUUUUCGGCAACCGGAUAGGCCACCUUAUCUUAAGAAACAUGGAGAAAACGCUCAUAUUGUGCCACCGGAGCCCCCUGUACAUAAGUUACCAGCUCCAUUACCGAUAUGCAAAGAAUGUCUUGGCGCGACGAUAGCCGGAAAUAAUAAUAAUACAAAACGCAAUGUUUCCGAAAAACUGAGCAGAUGUAGUGUAUGCGGUGCAGCUUUACAUAAUUCUUGCGCACCACCUGAACUUUCGAACCUUGUUGAAAGGGGUAUAACGUGGUCUUGCGAUGAUUGCUCUCCAACGUGUGCCGGUUGCCAGUUAGAACGAGAAUCACAGAAUUAUCUAGUGAAAUGUUCCGGUUGCGUCAAAUGUUAUCAUCCUACUUGUCUAGAUCCAGCAAUUGAUAAAAAGAAUAAAAUACCCUGGAAAUGUCGACACUGUCAAACACCGCAUACACCGGUAUCAAAAGAUGAUAAUAAAAAGAAUAAAACACAACAGGACACGGCAAGUUCGCUCGAAGAGACACCGACCAAUGCAAGGAAGAGACUUAGCAAAUUACGCGAGAAUAGAAAAUCCACGAUAUCGAGAAAGAGCCUGGCGAUUUCAACUCCGGUGAAGAAAGCUGGCGCAGGAGUGGGACAGGUGGACAGCAGCUCGGACGGUAAUGCGGGUGUUGUCUCCCCUCGUCAACCACCUUUGAUUUCCUCUCCCUUACCACAACCCCCCACCCCACUCGCAGGCCAGGGUAGGCUACUUGAAGAAAAAAACGAUCGGAUUUCCAAAGAGAAGCAAAAAUUUUUUAGACUGAGUGCGUUUAACGCGGAGCACAAUAAAUUGAAGCGGGUGGGGGGCAGUGAAAAAUUAAAAUGUUCUCAGAACGUUAGUCCUAGGUUAACUCGGGGAAACGCGAACCAAAAACAGCCCAUAUCCAGUAAAAAGGUACUGCUAAUGUCUAGCAGUAGCAGCAGCAGCGACGCGACCGAUACUGAUUCUUCCGACGACACCAGUGAUUCGACCGACGAUGACGAUGAAGAAGAGGAGGGAGCAGUCAGGGAUGGGGUCAGGGAGGGGGGAGAAGAGGAAGAGGAGGUGGACGGUAAUAACUCUAGCGCAUCCAACGAUUCGUCCACCUCGGAAGAAGACAAUGACGACGACAACGAUGACAACGACGACGACGAUGACGAUGAAGACGACGACGAUGACGACGACGAUGACGACGAUGUCAAUAACGACAAUCGGAAAGAAUGUUCUGUCGUUAUUGGAGGUGGUAACGAUGGCGGUGACAGUACUAUUAUCAAUGCCUCUCCUAAACCGAGAGGUCCGUUUUCAUGUGAUUUAAACGAAGAUAAACCUUGGGGUUUUGCCGCGGCCGCAGCUAAACUCAACAUGGAAUCGCCAUUUUUUAGUAAUAUUACCAAUACUUUUGGUGCACCGUUACCUAAACUCGAUGUAACCAGUACAUCGACAUUCGGAUUACAUAUACAACCGGUUAUCAAUUCGUUUGAUGGAAAGAAAAAACAGAAAAGCAAUAGGAAUGGUAAUGCUAUAUCGGAGAGUUUUAAUAAUGUGGACAUAAACAAAAUUAAACCUGGCACUGGUCAAUUAAAAGGCCUAUUCGAUGGAUUAAGUCACUUUUUUUCAGUACCUACUAACAGUAGAGUAAGAUCCAGUGCUUUGACGCCUAAUUAUGCGCCUGAUAGAAGAAAGCGGCCUAAUUCGGAUGAUAGUGAUAACAAGACCAAUAAAGUUUUAAAAGGAGCGCAAAUUAAUAAGAAUGAUAAUCUAUCGUCUGAUUUAGGCAAAUUAAAAGAGAAAAAGAAGACAGAGAUAAGGAACGAUAUAACGAGAAUUCCUCGGCCUGGAAUAUUUACACCUUCUGAUGAAACAUUGUUUAGUUCUCUUAAUGAAAAAAUGCCAAAAAUGACGCCGUCGAAUUUAGUUAAAACCGCGGUUAAUAGUAAGAGACACGAACACGAGAGAAGAAAGCUAAUGAAAGAUGAUACGCCAUUAGUAAAGUGUGCAACUGCGACAGAUGCAUCUUUACCGUCAUUCCCAUCACCGUUAUUAUCAUCGUCAUCGUCCUCGUCCUCGUCGUCCUCGUCGUCGUCGUCAUCGUCGUCGUCAUCGUCGUCGUCAUCGUCGUCAUCGUCGACAUUUCCGUUACCAUUACCGUUACCAUUACCGUUAUCGUUAUCGUCACCCUUACCAUUAUCAUUACCGUUACCGUUACCAUCAUCAUUAUCAUCAUCAUCGUCGUCGUCAUCGUCGUCGUCAUCGUCGUCAUCUUCGUCGUCGUCAUCGUCGUCAUCGUCGUCGCCAUCAUCAUCGUCGUCGUCGUCGCCAUCAUCAUCGUCGUCAUCGUCAUUAUCAUCAUCAUCACCGCCAUCAGCAUUACCGUUAUCGUCGCUUUCGUCAUCGUCAUCGUCAAUAUCAUCGUCAUCAUCAUCAUUGCCAUCGAUGUCAGCUCUUAGGCCCGAUCAAUCUUCGCGAAAGAAAAAUAUUCUUGUGGAAGUGAAUCAAACACGCCACCCUGUGCCCGCUGUUUCGAGGUCCGGCCUGAGUUCUGAUUCCGUGAAAUCAAAUCCCAGCCUAAAGUCCAAUCCACGAGCCUGUACUAGCGCCACCACCACCAACACCACCACGACACCCCGCGCGACACCCUGCUCCACCAGGAAGGAGGAACCAAUUCUACCUCAAUCUCUACCGCCGGGUGUCACACAAAAGGAUGUUGAUCUGUUUAAAGAAGCCCGGGAUAGAGCAGCUCGAUUAACUACUGUGAACGAUACCGAGGAAACUGUGACAGUGAAUCCAGGAAACAAUACGAGCAAUACGGGAAAUACUGGGAAUGGCAUUAGGAAUCCCGCGGCCAUAGUUUUUGGUCGAUAUGAAGUAGAGACAUGGUAUUCCAGUCCAUUUCCUCAAGAAUACGCAAGAUUACCUAAAUUAUUCUUCUGUGAAUUCUGUUUAAAAUAUACAAAAAGUCGGGCCGUACUUGACAGGCAUAUGGAUAAAUGUCAAUGGAGGCAUCCACCGGCUACUGAAAUCUACAGAUGUGACGGAUUAUCUGUUUUUGAGAUCGAUGGAAAUGUGAACAAGAUAUAUUGUCAAAAUUUGUGUCUAUUAGCGAAAUUAUUCUUGGAUCAUAAGACGCUGUACUACGAUGUAGAACCAUUUUUAUUUUACGCAGUAACAAAAAACGAUAAAUAUGGUUGUCAUUUAGUUGGUUAUUUCAGCAAAGAGAAACAUUGUCCCGCGCAAAGAUACAACGUGUCAUGUAUCAUGACUUUACCGCAAUAUCAAAGACAAGGAUUCGGAAGGUUCUUGAUUGAAUUCAGUUAUCUACUGUCUAAAGUGGAAGGAAUCCCUGGGACGCCGGAGAAACCACUUUCCGAUCUUGGCCGAGUAUCGUAUCAUUCAUUUUGGAAAAGCGUGGUACUUGAAUAUCUCGAUGCUCAUAGAGAUUCAACGGAUAUUAAAUUAGGAGAUAUAACAAAGGAAACUGGUGUGUCAGCUCACGAUAUCGCAACUGCUAUGCAAUUGCUGGGAUUUGUUAGAUCGGUCCAUUUACCGGGAGAGGGAAAUUCUAAAGUAGCUGUGGUAGUCGAUUGGAAUAAAGUGGAUGCUCAUAUGGCGAAAGUACGAAAGAGUUCCCGUAUCAAAUUAGAUCCUGAUUGUCUUAGAUGGAUACCAUUGCUCACGCAAAUUCCUAAUCCAUAUCAAAGUCCGGAAGAAAGCGGUGAUACCAGUUCCGAAUCUUCUCCCGUCGUGGAACCGAAACACGUACCAACUAUAGUUGAAAAAAUUCAAAAGGUAAAGAUUAAAAAGAAACCGAGGAGUAGAAGAUUAGGACAGAGAAGAUCUUCGCCGUUGAAACAGAAAACGGGCCAGAAAUCUUCCACGCAAAGAGAUUCUUUUACCAAAGAUGCGAAAGAACCAAAAGAAAUAAAAGCAACAAAAGAAGCGAAGGAAGCAAAGGAAUCGAACGAAACGAAAGAAGCAAAUAAAGAUACGGAAAAAAGGAAUCGAAAUGUUGUUGUCGCCACUGCAUCGGUAGAAAAUAUUAAAGAACAGAUGGUAGUAGAAGCAAAAAAUGUUGCAUCAACAUCAUCGAGAAAUUCUCGAGCAAUGGCUGUUUCAAAGAAUACAAAUCUGAUAAAUUCGACAAAAGCAACAUCCUUAUCAGCAACAGGAUCAACAACGACAACGACAACGACAACAAUUACGACAACCACCACCACGACCACUACCACCACCACCACUACAGUAGUAACGAUGACUACAGCAACGACAACGAUGUCGAGACGGAGAAUCAGAACACCGAAGAUAUCUCGUUAUGACGGAGAAUCGGUAAUAACAUCGACAACGUCUAUGCGAAAACGAAAACAUUCCGAGAAACCAGAGAUCGAAGAAAAAGAAGAAAAGUCUGAAGGCAGCUGUAGAAAAAGAACACGGGAAUCUUUGCGAGAGAAAGAGAGAGAUAAGGAACGAGAAAAGGAAAAAGAGAAAACGAAAGAACGGGAUAAGCCAAAGGAUAAAGAUAGUUAUUCAAAAGAUAAAGAAAAGAACGAUAUAACUGAGAUGGAAAAAUUUUCUUCAAAAGCGAUGGAACCGAUAAUGUCAUCAGUAGUACAAAAACCGACGAAAAAGCAGUGCAAAGUCGAUGAUAUUUUAUUAAAAGUGACCAGUCGGCAAACUAAAUGCUUACAAACGAAACAAGCGAAAGAAAAGAAACAAAACAGUUCGGAACAGAAUCAGUGUAAUGGAAAAGACGACACAAAAGAUAUUUUGAAAACUUUGCCAGUAUCGAGACGGGGAAGGGCAAAAGUGGAGAAAGAAGCGUUAAAGAUGCCGCAAUUGAAACCGCAAACCCUUAUAAAAGAUCGAUCCGAAAAUCCUGUGAUACUUCCACCAUUGUUAUCUCCAUCAUCAUGUUCUGAAGAGAAGAACGAUUCUAUUUUAACGAGCAAGAGACAACAAUCGUCUCCCGCCUUGAAACAAUUAUCGAUAGUCUCUACGGAAAAAGAAAUUGAUAAUACAACGGAAAAAUUAGUUAAUAGCAAUAAUAGUACACUGGAAAAUGUCGAUGGUGGUAAUACUGAUGUCUCAAAGAACGCUUCAGCCAUUCUUCCGGAAACAGAAGUAACAAUAUCUGCUAGUCCAGGAGAAUACGAAGGAGGAGACGAAGAUGAAGGCGAAGAAGAAGUACCUGCACUUAAAUCGAAAUCCGUAACUCGCAUGAAAAAUGAUUCAAACGAACGAACUGAAAAUACAAAAGAUAAUGAACAAGAAAAGAAACUCGAGAAUGUUGAUAUCAUUCUCUCUUUACAAAAACCGAAAUCGGAAUCAGAAUUAUGUGUCAUAGAAGAAGAGAUACAGAGGGAAGGUGAGGGUGAAAACGGUGCGAAUAAAGAUGAUGAUGAGGGUGAAGGUGGAGCUGAAGGUGAAGAUGAAGGCGAAAAUGAGAAUGAGAAUGAAAAUGAAAAUGAAAAUGAAAAUGAAAAUGAAAAUGAGAAUCAGAAUGAAAAUGAAAAUGAAAAUGAAAAUGAAAACGAAAAUGAAAAUGAAAAUGAAAAUGAAAAUGAAAAUGAAAAUGAAAACGAAAACGAAAAUGAAGAAAACGAAAACGCAAACGAAAAUGAAAAUGAAAACGAAAACGAAAAUGAAAAAGAAAACGAAAACGAAAACGAAAAUGAAAACGAAAACGAAAAUGAAAAUGAAAAUGAAAAUGAAAAUGAAAAUGAAAACGGAAACGGAAACGGAAACGGAAACGGAAACGGAAACGGAAACGGAAACAGAAACGGAAACGAAAGCGAAAACGAACGUGAAGGAGCACAGGCAAAGAAAGGGAAAGAAAAACAAAAUGAAGUUACGAAAGGAGAAUUUGAUAAAAAUUUAGAGAAAUCUGAAAAAGCAAUGUGUAAUUCAGAAACAUCUAAAUUGGUACCUGACCUCUCUUCGCCUAAAGAAGAAGAAAUUGAAAAAUUUAAAACUGUUGGUCAAGAUGUAAAUAGUUAUAGACAAGUUGAUGGAAUUUCCGAAAGAUUAAUGUUAAAAAAUUCGAAAGAAGAGUUGACGAGACCAAAGAUAGAAACAUGUUGUGCAACAUCUAUGGAUAAUAGAAAAGAAUCAUCUUCUGUGAUUUCUAAUAUAGCAUCACCCGAAACAGGACCACUUACUCCGCAAGAAAAAGUUUUGCCCGUUAUCGAACAACAAGAAACUACUGUUCAUCUUCAAACACACUCCGAAGAAUUGAAACAAAAUUCACCCGAAAGUGGUAAAACCACGCCACAUUUGGAUAAUCCUGGUUCGGUAAAACGAACGCCUCCUUCGCAACCAGAUUUACCAUCUAUGGGAGUUUACACACCUGAUUCAACAACUAAUUCAGUUCAUUCGUUGCAUUACGGUCAUUGCGAUUUAGACGUGAGUCAAUUAGGACUAGAGUCUCCUACAUCGAUCGCAAGUGAUCUUGCGUCGCAAAAUAGCGUGGAAAGGCCACCUAGUGCAUUACCCUCGAUGCCAGCAUCGGUUACGGUUCCAAUUUCAGUACCUAUGCAAAUAACUCCGGUUACGUCCGCUGGUGUAAAUAUAUCGCCGCAAGUACAAUAUACUGAUUGUUCGAUGCCUCAACAUACUCCACCAACGCACGUUAAUAUCCAUCCGAUGCAUCAGCCUCAUACACCUCAACCUCUUCAGCAGCCGCGGACUCCGCAAUCUCACACGCCUCAAAGUAUACAAACGCAAAGUCCACAACCUAUUCCGCAAAGUCAUACACCGCAACCGUUACCUCAAUCUCAUACUCCGCAACCUCUUUCGCAAUCUCAUACACCGCAGAGUAUACCGACCCAAAGUCCUCAACCGAUGCGACAAAGUCAUACACCGCAACCUUUGCCACCGUCUCACACACCGCAACCGAUGCAAUUAUCUUUGACUCAACAAACGCAAAAUCAAAGUAUGGCGCAUGGUCAAAAUCAGCAACAAUCUCAAGGACAACAACAAUCUGCACAUCAACAACAACAACAACAACAACAGCAAUCGCAAACGCAAUCUCAUAGUAAUAAAAGGGCUAGUGGUUCACAAACGACUCAUAGAUCUAGAUCAACACAGCAAAGCCGAUCCCAUCGAACGACACCUCCUACGUCUCAUGCUCAAGUUUCUUCGCAAGGUCACACCACUUCUCACACGAGUCAUACAACCUCCCACACGAGCCAUACGACGGUUGCACAUACGACGCAUGUACCUCCACAAUAUCAACAAUCCUCGUCAAUGAGUGUACCACCUGUUCCUCAUCCGCAUCCUCAUUCUCACACGCAUGCUGCUCAUUCACACAAUAUGGCUGUUAUUUCUCAAGGGAAUUAUAUGGCUGUUGCUUCUCAAACUUUUCCAACGCAAAAUACAUAUGUGAUUCAACAUCGAAGUAGCAGAUCUGGUGCACCGACACCGUGUACUACAGCGACAAAUUUUUAUAUUCAAACAAGCGCGAUGCCACCGCAUUCGCAUACACCAGCACCUUCUCUCUCAGCUUCUGGAAAUCAUCAAACGACAAAUUCGUGCAGUUUAGCAAAAUUACAACAAUUGACUAAUGGAUUAGAAAUGAUUCCUCCUACGCCUCCUCCAGCGAUGAAUUUAACGCCACCACCUCCUAUACCGCAUACUAUGACACCACCGCAAACGUCGAGACAAUUACCGACACCGCCUCAAGUACCUCUUGGUUAUGCAAAAAAUUAUUAUAAUGUCAACACAGUACCACCUACUACUCCAGGACCACCCAGUAGAUCAACCUCAAGAUCAUCAGCAAAUGCAAAUAUGGCGUCUCUUGCACAACCAUACCCAAGCGAGAGCUUAUAUCGUCAAACUCUCGAUCCUGGAAGUACCUGUCCUCAAAUGCAGAGCGCCGCUAGUAGAGUUAGUCCUAACGUGGCAUUGAAUACAAAUCUAAUGGCCCAAUAUGGUUAUCGAGUAGCACAACCUGCUACCGGUUACAUGAAUCAAGCGGCUCAACUUGGUGGUUUCAUGAAUCAAGCCAGUCAAUUGCCUGUUGGAGUCGUUAAUGUACCUGCACCGUACCCUCAAGAUCCGCAUCAACAAAAUCCAGCAGCAGUAUAUACAACGUAUCACGGUUACAUAAAUGGAGGUCUCAUGCAACCUCUGAAUAGUUCGAUGAGGCCACGUUAGCCCCAAACAUCUAAGCGCACAUUCUCUUACUUGCAAUAACGACAUUUCGAUUAAAGAGAAGAUUUUCACAUAUUGCGGUUCAUCAAUUUACAAUGAUUGUUUCAUCUUGGCGAUUAAUGCUCUCUUCUAUACGAACUCUGGUAAAUGUUAUCUACUAGAAAAAUAUUCUUUAUUUUCUUGCAUUUCGCUUCCAUUUUUAUUAUUUGAAAUGAUUUUAAUUCUAAUAAGUAGAUUUUUUUUAUCUUUUCUCUUCGAUUAUUUAAUUUUUUGAAAUUA